AUGAACAGACCUCCGUUGCUCUUUGAAUGGAAGAACACACUGUCUUUAGUCAAGCUGAAGGUGAAUGAGAGCAACAGGGAGAAGAAUGUGCCAAAGAGCUGGUGCGAAAACACAGCCCUGUUUCACACCACUCUUUAUAGGGAAGGUGUCUGCAGAAAAGCCAUCAUUGUGGACAGUGCAAUGCAUGUUCUUGUGGAAGGGCACAAUCAAAGGCAAGCUAUAGCGCUUGUUGGGUUGUUGCUGCUGCUGCUUUCAGCUAUAAAUUUAGCUUCUGGAAAAGCAGUUAAGCCUGGGAAAAACAACGAGGAACCCAGCGAGAACUGUCCACCCCAAUCUGGAACCCAAGAGGAUUUCCCCCCAAAGUCGCUGACAUUCCAGGUCCACAUUGGCCGCCCACAACCAGCCAGCGAGGUGCCUCAGGACAUCAGGAACAGAUCUGUAUCUCCAUGGGAUUACAGCAUUCACGAAGAUCCCAACAGGUUUCCCCAUGUGAUUUCGAAAGCCACCUGCCGCCAUGCCUUCUGUCUGGACAGGAAAGGCAAACCAAACAUAGCCCUGAAUUCUGUUCCUAUUCAGCAGGAGAUCAUGGUUCUUCGACGGAAGCAGGUUGGUUGCCAGCAGACCUUUUGGCUGGAGAAAGAAGUGAUUAAUGUUGGUUGCACCUGCGUCAUGGCAAACACCAGAACCUAUGCUAACAGAAGUGCCUGA